AUGGAGAAUGAGAACAAUAAGACGGAACCUCAACUAGUUAGCGCACUGAAACCAAUUACUGGUAAGAGCUGCCUGCUCAUCCUCUCUAUAUUGGUUACUGCAUAUGUCUGGCUAUUCAGCGGCGCCUUUACUAUCAGUCGAGACGUGGUCAAGGGACCAGACUUAAGAGUGCAGGAAACGACCGACGGCUGUUACCUGGAGGACAAGCUGCAGGCGCCACAUCUUCCGGACCUGCACUCAGUGUUUGCAGAUCGUAUCUCGGGUCAAGUUGUGUUUGUGGGCCUCAAGCUCCUCAGACAGACCUGGCACCGGGUCCUGUUUAGGUGCGAGUUCCCAAGUGGAGAUAUCAGCGUGGUACACGCGGUAGACGACCGGCGCAGCUUCGGGCAUCUGCCCCAGUACGUGGUGGUCCUGACCUGUCCGAUUCCGAAUGAGUACCGUUUGCGAAGCAGCUUCAAUAUUACCCUUAGGAGACUCCCGGGGACUGAUGCCUACAGGAACAUCAAGGCUUGUGCUACUUCAAAUGAGAAGCAUUUCCUUGCAAUGUGCACGAUGGUAAAGUCCGUGGAUGCAUUCAUACCACAGUGGCUUGAUUACCACAGGUAUCUGGGAGUGCAGCACGUGUACAUAUACGACAACGAUAAACCAGCCCAAUCCACCUUACAAACUUCCUUGCAGAACUACAUCAAAGCAGGUUUCGUCACACUCAUCCCCUGGGCUCACUCCACUUCUGUGAAUAAGACCUACCUAGAGGUGCAGAUAGCUCAUGAGAACGAUUGCAUCUGGAGACACAAGCACGACGUUGAUUGGAUGAUCAAGAUUGACGUAGACGAGUACAUCCAACCAAUGGACGCGCGCCGACCGCGUAUUCCUGAGUACCUCAAUGACUCGCUGUACGACAGUGUUGCCGCAGUGCGCAUUCAAAACUGGUUUUUCGGCCAUCCACCGCGUAUCGCUCCGCGCGGCGACUCGGUCAUCGAGCGCAAUCGCUGGCGAGCCGAAAAGCAUACACUGCAAAACACGGGACACGAUAAGAACAUCUUGCGACCGAUCAACGUGCACUACUACAAGAUCCACAGUGUGAAGCUGGGUGGUGACGUCAUAUCAGCUGACCCGUACACGGAAAUGCGAUUGGUCCACUACCGAACUGACAAUCAGCGUGCCCGCCAUUUUGAUUUACCAAAGUUCAAAGAGAGGGACGAGUCCAUGGUGCGAAUCAGGCAGGCGCUUGUGAAUCAUCGUUUACAAGGCCGUAGCAGUAAAAAUAAUAAAAGAAGAAUUUCCAAAAAAGUAAGGAAACCAAAGAUUUCAAAAGAAACCAUUCGUAUUUAAGUGGCGUAACUGGCCAGGGGUCCAAUAUAUAGUUGGCACUGGGGACGUUAUUUUCUGAAGCCGCACUGGGUCUUUAAACCAUAAAAAAGUGCCUCCCCUAAAAUUUGCACCGGGAUGGUAUGGGGUGCACAAGACAAGGGGAAGCCCUCCUUAGUACAGAAACAAUUACGAACACUAGGGUUUUUUCUUCAAUUUAUAAAAACUUCUGAUUGAAAAGUGCUUGUAUGGGUUGGUAGUUUAAA